UUGCUUGGCUGCAAUCAACUGUGAAAGCGUUCAGAGUUUUAAUCUGUCCAGUCAGAGAACAUUUAGACAUAAAACUUAAAACUGCAAAUACAAGAAACUGAACCAUUACACUGAUGUCAGGAACAAUUGGCCACCAGGUGGUGCUGCAGAGGUUCUGCAGUGGUUCCGUGGGGGUUCUGCAGUGUGUGCUGGAAUUCAGGGUUCUGUCUUUGUGCCAACAUACAGCAGCAGACAGGAUUUAUCUGCAGGAAGGUUCUGAUCCGGUUUUUCUCUCCACAAACAGAAUCCGUCCUUUUCCUCCUCUGCUCACUUUCGCUCACUGGUUUCCUGAUGAUGUCACCUCUGACCCGAGCGGGUCUUUCAGGUUUUGGUGCAGAAAGUUUGUGGACAUUUGAAGCUUUGAGUUGAGCAACAGUGGAGUGAAGUCAGAGAGAAGCUGGCUGAGGGUGAAGGGAGUGGAGCUGAUUAUCUGUUACAUAACACACACACACACACACACACACACACACACAGGCAGCUGCUCACACAUCAACGGCUGCAUUCUUCCCUCGCUGCUGGUUCUGAUCCGCUGUGUCUGCUGUCAGGAUGCUGCUGCUGCUGCUGGCAGUUCUGUUAGUUGGAGGUUAUUUUCUUUUUUACGUGACUUUCAUCAAACUUCCGCAAUGUAAAAGUUCUGCUAAGCUGCACGGGAAGACUGCCAUCGUCACCGGAGCCAACACCGGCAUCGGAAAGACCACAGCACUGGACCUGGCCCGGCGGGGGGCGAGGGUGAUCAUGGCCUGCAGGGACAGACGGCGAGCUGAGGCCGCCAUCCAGCACAUCGUCCAGGAGACAGGUAACAACCAGGUGAUCUUCAUGCAGCUCGACCUGGCCAGUCUGAAGUCGGUUCGCUCCUUCGCUGAAAACUUCCUGCAGUCCGAAUCUCGACUGGAUCUGCUCAUCAACAACGCCGGUCUGAUGAACGGUGGAAAGACGGAGGACGGCUUCGGGAUGAUCUUCGGCGUCAAUCACCUGGGUCACUUCCUGCUGACGGUGCUGCUCCUGGACCGGCUGAAGGCGAGCGGGCCGAGCCGCGUGGUGACCGUGGCCUCCAAAGCGUACGAGUUUGGGAAGGUGGAUUUCAACUGUCUGACCGCUCACAGAGAUCUGCGUCUGGGUGAGAACGACUAUCAGCUCUGGUGGAAGUACUGUCACAGCAAACUGUGCAACGUCCUCUUCACCUAUGAGCUCGCCAAGAGGCUGCAGGGCUCCGACGUCACCUGCUACAGCCUCCAUCCGGGAGGCAUCAAAACAGAGAUCGGUCGCUACACCAGCUUCUUGUGGAGACUCUUCAUCACGCCCAUCAUCUUCCUUUUCUUCGUGGACGCCGAGCUCGGAGCUCAGACCACGCUCCACUGUGCCCUGGAGCCAGGCAUCGAGCACCUCAGCGGACACUACUUCACCCAGUGUGCACCGGUGCUGAACAUCGCCAGGAAGGCGAGAGACGCCGCCGCCGCCAAGAAGCUGUGGGAGCUCAGCGAGAGUUUCUGUGGCCUGUCCUAGAACCAGACCAGAACCCCGAACAUCCGUCUCACAUCCAGGACUGAAACACUUUGUGCAUGUUAUUCUAUUACAUCCUGUUCUGACAUCAGCAUGUUAGCAUGACUUUAGCAUUUAGCUCAAAGGAAUGUUGUGUUUAUGUGUAAAUAUGUAAUUCAGAGGACUUCAUGCAUCGAUCUGCAUCACUGAAUCUUCUUCUGACGAGGUGUUUGAGUGUGUCGCUCUGUUCCAGCAGCAGGUUGUGAAGAGGCGUUACAGGAACGGUUUCAGACACGACGCCUCACAGCAGCCAUCACGAUGUCACGAGGUCAUCGUGUCUGAGCUGGUGGACAAAUCAGAUUUCCUUUAAAAAAUGCAACAAAUGAUCUAAAAUUAAAAUUAAAGGUUCUUUGAUCUUUGUGAGUGCAGACUUUAAAACAUGUUAAUAAAUCUCCCUCUGUAUACUCUCACACAUUAGAUUCUACUUUAGGAACACAGACACUCACAAUAAAUGAGUCUGUCACUA